AUGGACAAAGUUGUUUUCAAGGAUGCUGUUACUGACGCUCCAGAAGGCGAAGAGGCGACUCAUGAUGAUGAUGACGAUGACAAUCAUGUUGCUGUUGAUGACGGCUCGGGUCCUUCGGGGGUUUCUCACCUGCUGAAUGAUGAGGACGACGGGCUCAUUGCUUAUGACUCUGACGAGGAGGUUGAGGAUGCGUCAAAGGGUGUGAUUGCGUCACGCUCCCGCUAUCCGAUCACGCUGCUGAUCCCUGAGGAGUUCCUGCCGGAAGUACCUCGCACACAGGCCACGAUCAAGGGGUUGGUGGGAAUCUGGAAGGAUGAGCUGUCAGACGGAGCUCAGACCACCACGACAUACCAGCAGCUGUCGUCUGUUUUCCUGUACAAGAACUACUAUGGUCGCAUGCAAGUCACUUUUGAUAAGGCAUCUGAUGCUAACUUUGUGUGGCGUAAUCAGGUGGAGCAUAAGUGCAAGAAUGGUACUUACGUUACUUUUGACUGGCAAUACCCGGAGGAUCCCGCUUUCGCCAGACAGAAGGCGACGAAUCCGGCGGUGAUUGAGUUAUAUUUCAAGGACGUCCCCGCCGAGAUUUCACCUUCCAUGCUGCAUGAAAUGCUGAUGGCUCCGCUCAAGAAGAAGAAGAAGUCGGUGUUCAAGGAGGGACUAUGCUUUCAUCGCGCGGUCAACUCGGCCUGCAGGCGUCGGUCUUUCUAUGACGGAGUGCUGACCCCGUUUAUGACGCACUCGGUGGGGAAGAAGAAUUUUGUUUUGGUCGGGGACCUCAACAUGGUGGAGGAUCCAAUCCUGGACAGAUCGUCGGGAGCGGGAUCUUCCGGGGAAAAUAACAGUGUGUUGCGGAUUUGUUCAGCGCACUGUCUCACCGACGCUUUUCGCUGGAUGAACCCGGUGCUGAAGGAGUUCACGUUUCUGUCCAAAUCUGCUAAGACCAGCUCACGCAUUGAUCGAGCUCUCGUCUCAGCGUCUCUGCUGCCGUCACUUUCCGGUGCGUCGCACUGCCGGCCGCUGAAGGGCCUCUCUGAUCACUGGUUCGGUGUGAAGGUGACAUUCAAGAUCAGCCUGCAGCUUUGUAUGGGGCCUGGAAUAUGGAGGUGCAAGGCGGUGGAGAUUGGUAGACCAGGUGCAGCGAAAGCGGCUGCGGAGGUUCGAGAGAAACAUGGAAAAGCGGGGUCGGGGGACUUCACUGCGCUCAUGAGGGAAAUGAACAUGGCGUUAAGGAAGUACUCUACUGAGGAGCGGAAGCGGGUCAAGGCUACCCUUGCUCACCUGGACGCUGCAGUGGCGAGGUUACAGCAGGAGAUGAUGAGGCACCCUUCUUGCUCCGUCCGGAAGGAGGAGUUGAAGGUCAAGGAGUCUCAGUUAGCGGCGUAUCUUGCCUCCGAGCAGGAGAGGGUCUCUCUCAUGGCGGGGGUUAAGGAGCUGCGGGAGGGCGAGUUGCCUGGCAAGCUCAUGUCUGCAAAGGUUAAAACACGGAAGGAGAGGACCAUGAUUACAUCAUUGCAAUGGAAGGGAACGGUGCGUAAGGACUCAAGAGGGAUACUGGAAGCUGCCUCAGAGUUUUACACGGAGCUGUUCUCAGAGCCUACCUCAACCACAGACAGUACCUUCUGGACGGUUGCCCCGGACAGGAAGUUGGGUGAUGAGCAAUCGCAGCUGCUGGUGGAAGACUGGUCAGAAGCGGAGGUGAAGGAGGCUCUUGACGGUAUGGCGAAAGGCAAGUCCCCCGGUGCUGACAGAAUCCCGAAGGAGUUCUUCAGUCAGCAUUGGGACUCGCUGGGGGGUGAUGUGCUCGGUUUCGCGAAGCGGUUCGAGGAAACGGCCGUUCUUCCUCCCGCGGCUUUGGAGGCGGUCACUGUCCUGCUGCACAAGAAAGGCGCGAAGGACCAGGUGCAGAACUACCGGCCGAUCACGCUGCUCAACAGCACGUACAAGCUGGUAGCGCGAGUAUUGGCAAACAGGAUGCGGAAAGUGCUGCACAAGGUCAUUUCAGAGGAGCAAUACGAGUUCUUACCGGGAAGAAGGCUGGCGGACGGUGUCUCACUGAUCGCGGACAUCGUCGAUGCGGCGAAGUGCAAAAACGCGGAUUGGUAUUUUCUUCUGGUAGAUUUCCAGAAGGCAUUCGAUUCAGUUUCUCGCGUAUACCUCUUCGGCACGAUGGAGAGGAUGGGUUUCCCGCGGAAGUUCGUGAGGUGGUGCGAGGGUCUCCAUGCAGGAUCGACGACGAGACUGCUGCUGAACGGCUGGCUGGGUGAGCCGGUGGCGGUCAAGAAGGGGGUGCGGCAGGGCUGUCCGCUGGCGCCCUACCUUUUCCUCUGCGCGGUGGAGCCUCUCUGCCAGGAAGCAAUAAGGAGGAAGUUGGGCAUUAGUAAUCCGUUCGGUGAUCGCCUUGCGUACCUUGGGUAUGCCGAUGACACCACGUUGGUGCUCCAAGGGAAAAGGCAGAUUGGCCGGGCGGUAAAGCUGCUGGAUGAGUUUGGUGAUAAGUCGGGGCUUCGCGUGAACAUCGACAAGUCUGCUCUCCUUCCCCUGGGAAAGAACCUGCUCAAGAAACCGGACAAAGCGAGAGGGGAAGGCGGGCUCGGUGUCCGGGACCCGUGUGCUGAACUGGGUGGCCUGGCGGCCAGGAGGAUAGCGCUACUGGCAUCACAGCCACUGGGUCUGCGUGCUGACCUCGCGCUCACGGCUCUGGAUGUUCCGGACCUGCAGGUUUUUUGGGCUCACGCGGGGCUGAUGAAGCAGUGGGCAGGUCGGUGUGGGAGGUGGAAGCGGACGUGUGAAUUAUUCCUGGAGUCCAGCUUUCCUUCUUGCAUCAAGGCCUCGUCGGUGUGGGAGGUGGAGCAAGAGAUGCUACUGUUCAAUCGCUGUCUGCUUUUGAAUGGGAAGUCCCCCGCGGGUCGGCAGAAGGCGGCUAAGCCGCUGAAGCGCUCGGUGAUGGGCGACUUCAUCAAAAUUGCCGUGGAUGGCUCGAGGGCUCUGAAAAGCCCUCAGGAGCUCGAGCGGGCUUUCGGUGGGUCAGAUGGAGCGAAGCUGGCGAUGAGGAUUUUUGAUGCGGCUCCAAACGAGUGGAAGCAGAUGCUUAUGGCGCCUGUCACGGCGCGCACGGUGCUCACUGUAUCUAAGUUCGUGCUCAGGGCGGGGGCGAGUUACGGUGUCUGGAGGAUUGAGUGUGUAGAGGGCGAAACCCUCGUCUGCCGUGCCAUCAGAUGCUUCCGGGGGGUCUUGGAGGAAGCAGAGGAGAGGACGCACAACUUUCUGCCGCAUGAGGUGGUGCCUGCUGUGGUCAGGGAGGGGCGGCUGCUUGGUCCUGCGGGUGGUCCCAAGGCAAGAUUGUUGUGCUCUCCCAUCUGGGAGGGGGAUCGGCCAGCGCAGCUGAAGCAACUCAAGGAGGGUUUCAGGCGGUUUGGCGGAAAACCAAAGCAGCAGAGCACGUGGGAGGAAUCCCUCGGCCGUCCGAUUGACUGGGGGAGGGUGAUCGGGGUAAGGGACUCGCCUGCUCUUCCGAACCGUGCACGUGACGUGAUGCUCCGGAUCCACAGCCGGAACCUGCAGGUGGGGGAACGGUUACAUUUUCUAGGCGCUGGGGUCGCCUGCCCCCACUGCGGGGAGAAAGAGACGCUGGAACAUGGACUGUUUCUCUGCUCGCGCAUUCAGCCGGUGGUUCGGGCACUGUUGAAGGCGCUCCGUAUGUUAAAUCCGCAUCGGAAAAUUGAAUCUCUGGGUGACGUGGUCUUCAGGAAGGAGGGGACAGCUUCGGGAUUCCCCGAGGCUACGAUCACAGCAAUCGUGUUCCACCGAAUUUGGGUUGAAAGGUGUGAUGCAGUUUUCGAGCGCAGUAAAUUCCGGGCGAGGAGGGCUCUGCGGAGGAUUGCGGCGUCCUUCCAGCUGCAUGUCAGGAUCUACAAGCGUGCUAAGGCAGUGUCUAAGAGGCUCGGUGCCAUUCGUCCUGGUCUGGAUGAUGACGAGUGCCGGGUUUUGGGCCGUAUCAUGGACAACUCAGCUCAACCAGCCACGUGGUCAAAGGGCUUCAUGGCCAUCUGGUCGAACCCGAGGGCUGCUUUCCGUCCCCCUUAG